UAUUGUUGGAUGCUGGGGAUCAAUGGCAGGGUACUCUUUGGUAUACUGUGUUCGGUGAAACAGUCAUAGCUAGGUUUAUGAAUCUUCUUAGGUAUGAUGCCAUGGUCCUUGGAAACCACGAGUUUGAUAAUGGCCCUUCUCCUAUAGCGAACUUUCUAAAUCUUGUUAACUUCCCAGUGAUCAGCUCUAACGUUAAUGUGACAAAGGAUGAUCAACUCAGGGGUAGAAUUCCCCCGUCUGUAGAGUUUGAAUUUGGAGGUGAUAAGGUAGCAAUUGUUGGAUAUACCACUAUUGACACACCAAGCAUCUCCAAGCCAGGCCCUACUAUCACUUUUGAAGAUGCUUAUGAGAGCAUUCAGAAAGAGGUCGACGCUGUAAAGGGCAGAGGGGUCAAUAAAAUCAUUGUGCUAAGUCAUGGAGGGGCUGAUGUUGAUAUGACUCUCGCUAAGCAACUGAUUGGUGUUGAUAUGAUAGUUGGUGGACAUACGCAUACAUUUCUAUACAAUGGGACGUCACCAACCAAUGAGGACCAAGUAGAAGGACCAUACCCCAUUGUCAUUGAUUCCGAAGUUCAACCAGGCAUGAAAGUUCUUAUUGUUCAGGAUUACAUGUUUGGGAAAUACCUCGGGAAAAUAACAAUCAAUUUUGAUGAUGAUGGCAAAAUUAUUUCAUUUACUGGAAACCCUAUCUUGCUCAGUUCAAACGUCACAAAGGAUCCAGUUGUAAUGAAGGAAAUCACUGAAAAGAAAGAACAAUUCAGUGCUGAGAUGUCUAAGGUAAUUGGCACCACGCGUGUCAUGCUGGAUAGUCAGCCUUGUAAGAAAGAAGAAUGUAACUUUGGCAAUUUGAUAACCGACGCUAUGGUGCACAAAAUGCUCGAAUAUGCAACCGAGUCCAACGGAUGGACCGACGCCGCAAUUGCAAUUAUGAACGCAGGGAGUAUUAGAAUACCCAUUUCUAAUACUGGUGGAGGUGAGGUAUCAAUUGAAGAUAUUCAACGGGUUCUUCCAUUUAGGAAUACAAUCGAUGUAAUUGGACUUAAUGGAACAACCUUAAGGAAGGUCAUAGAGCACUCAUUGUCUUUUAUAGGCCGCCCCAACUUUAUCCAGGUAGCAGGUAUGAGGAUUGUUGCUAGUACACAGAGGCCUGUUGGAUCACGAGUGUUGUCAAUUAUGGUUCAGUGUUCUGACGACUGUGACACUCCGGUCUAUGAGGCUUUAAAAGAGGACAAGGUUUACAAGGUCGCCAUGUCAACAUUCUUAGCAGAUGGAGGUGAUGGUUAUACUAUGAUCAAAGAGGACAAGAUAAGCCAUGAGUUACAAAGUAACUUGGACUCAAGUGUCGUCAUAGAUCACAUUUCCAAAAUGUCGCCGAUCUCUGCUGCUGUGGAGGCGAGAAUCGCGACACAGGUUAAGGAGAUCAGAAAGUCAUAUAAAAAUGUACUAUUGUUGGAUGCUGGGGAUCAAUGGCAGGGUACUCUUUGGUAUACUGUGUUCGGUGAAUCUGUAAUUGCAGAAUUUAUGAAUCUUCUUGGAUAUGAUGUUAUGGUCCUUGGAAACCACGAAUUUGACGAGGGUCCUACUGCUUUGGCAAACUUUGUGAGCCUUGCAAAUUUCUCCAUAAUUAGCGCCAACGUUAAUGUAACAAAUGAUGUUCAACUUAGGAAUAAAAUCGCCCCGUCCGUAGAAUUUGAAUUUGAGGGUGAAAGAGUAGCAAUUGUGGGGUAUACCACGACUGACACACCGUUCAUAGCCAAACCAGGUCCAACUAUAACCUUCGAAGACAUCUACCAGAGCGUACAAUCAGAAAUCGGCGCUGUCAAACGUAAGGGAAUCAACAAAAUCAUUGUGUUGGGUCAUGGCGGGAUCCACAUCGAUAUGGAUCUCGCCAAAAAGCUAACUGACGUUGAUCUGAUAGUUGGAGGACAUACGAAUACAUUUCUGUAUACUGGAGACACCCCAGCAGAGGAGGACGAUAUCGAGGGACCAUAUCCUCUAUUUGUCGAUUCCGAUGCAGAACCAGGAAGAAAAAUCCCAAUUGUUCACGAUUAUGCGUAUGGAAAAUACCUCGGGAAAAUAACACUGGAUUUUGAUGCUGACGGCAAUCUUGUGUCUUAUAUGGGAAACCCAAUCCUGCUUAGCAGCAACGUCACAAAAGAUCCGAAUGUAUCAGCAGUAGUUACACAGAGGAAAAGUGCAUUUGAUAAUGAAACCUCUCGAGUGAUCGGAUCGACCAGAGUCAUGUUGGACAGUAUAUCCUGCAAGGAAGGGGAAUGUAGCUUUGGUAACCUUAUAACCGACGCCAUGGUGCGCAAAAUGUUAGAAUAUUCCAAAGGAGUUGAUGGUUGGACGGAUGCUUCAAUUGCCAUCAUGAACUCUGGAAGUAUCAGAGUAUCUAUAUCAAAUGAAGGAGGCGGUCCAGUGACAAUUGGUGCAGUACAACAUGUUCUUCCAUUCAGAAACACGAUUGACAUAGUUGGACUUAAAGGAACAACUCUAAAGGACGUCAUGGAGCAUUCAGUGUCUCUUAUUGGUCAUCCAAGGUUCCUACAAGUGGCAGGUUUGAAGAUCGUUGCUGACACUUCUCAACCAGUUGGGUCUCGAGUGGUGUCAAUCCUGGUACGAUGUGCUGAAUGUGACACUCCAGUAUAUGAGCCUCUAGACAAUGACAAAGUGUAUAAGGUCGCAAUGUCAACAUUUUUAGCAGAAGGAGGCGAUGGAUACGCUAUGAUAAGAGAGAACAAAACACUCCACGAGGAACAAAAUAAUUUGGACUCAAGCGUAGUAAUCGAGCACUUCUCCAAGAUGUCUCCAAUUAUUGUUGGGAUAGAAGGAAGAAUUACUCUUCAACAAAGCAACACAAAAUUUACUACAGAAUCAGACGAGUCAACGACGAUUUCAGUGACAUCACGUGUUACGUCACCGGCUCCGUGUGACUGUGAUUGGUGUAAAAGAAAAGAACGAUGCGAGGAAGAUGGCUGGAUCUUUGACGAUGACGACGAUUGUUCACGUUCCUCUGGGGGACCCUUGGUAUCAAUAGUCAUGACAUUGAUAGGACUGAUCAUAACCCGAAUAAGCACUUGGCGAUAAUUCAAUUUAAAAAUAUCAACUUUACCCCAUCCGUCUCAUUUUGGCACUUUUGAAAAAAGUUCCCAACUCGGAUUUAUAUAAGUGUCAAUAUUUAUACAAAAAUAUUCACAUUUAUUUUAAUACCUCAUAUGUGUAUGCAUAAAAACAUGCAUGUUUGAAUGACAAUCGUGUAUAUUUGGACACGAGCAAUUUUAUAGUUAAUUAUCAAACAUCA